AUGGAUAAUAAGCUAGAGGCCUUUCCCAAUAAUAGCGAUUUUAAUCCGGGGCAAGAUUCCAGUCAGUUUGACAUUCCAGAAUGGGCUCGAAGCUUACAACUAACAUACAUGCUCUUGAUAUUUGUCGUCGGGUUGCUUGGUAACGGAGUAGUAGUUUUCAUUCAAAAACGACAAAAGGAUAAAUCGAGCACAGACUAUCUUGUGCUAGCAAUGGCGUUAUUGGAUCUCUUCAGCAGCGGGUUCAUUACACCGUUUUACAUGGCGCAAAAUAUCCGGUCUGUUUGGAACGUAGUUUUUUCGGGAGUUUUCUGUAAAAUGAAAUACUUCUUAGUGUAUGGAACUAACAUUUCUUCAACAACAUUGUUUGCUGCCCUGGCAUUCGACAGGUACAUGAGAACAUGUCAUCCGUUAAGUUUAAAGUACAUGCCCAAAACGUCAAAAAUAAUGAGCAUUGUUACCGUCUUGAUAAGCUUUGCUAUCGCUCUAUUUUCAAUUUAUGUUUUCGAACAGAACGACGCCAACAAUUCCUGCGGAAAGGUCAACGGAACACAGGUAUUUGAUAUCGUUAUGACUUCGUUCUUGACGGCAGCAUUUGUUCUGCUGUUCGGAAUGGCAGUGUUUUGUUAUACAAAGAUAACUUUAAAGAUACGGAGACAGGCCCGCGAAGGCAGGCAAAGAAGAAGCCGAGCAUUGGGACCAACAAGUCGGAUUGUUCGAUUGUUUAAACCGAAGAAAGUAGAGACUUUGAUUUUAAACGAACUUACUCAGUCGUCCGGUAGAAAAACCGAUACUCAUUUGAAGACUCUUAGCACUAAGAGCACGGCUCUUGACGCUUCAGGGAGUUGCUGCCAAGAUUCUACAGUGGACAAACAAGAAACUGGAAAUGAUGGUUCAGCGUUUGAAUCUCGCGUGGAUCGUAAGACCAGAAACGUUUCGGAGGAUUCAACAGUGGCGCAAACAGAUUCAACGAAUUUAACCUCAAAUGAGAAAAGGGAGCCUCCUAGCGUUGAAAAUCCUGAUAGAAAUACAAAGAAACAGUAUUGUAAGGAAAAGUUUCGCUGCAUUCAUUGCGGUGAAAUUGAUGAUGUCCAAAACUCACCAAAAAGUGCUUGUCACCACCAAAACGACGAACAAUUACUGCAACCAAACAAUCUAAAUCUAAAACAAAGGACACAUAAACAACAAUGCUUGAGAAAAAUGGAGGACAGCACCAGUAUGAUGUCCGAACGCGAGAAGAAGGAAAUACGUAAAGUUAAUUACGUCACAUUUAUGAUGUUUACAAUUACCGCCACUUACGUUCUCACGUGGGUUACCACCUGGGUCAUGUACGCCAUAUUCGACCAGACGACAGUGACAGGGCGCGUUGUUCUCUACCUCACCAAAACCUCGUUUGUUGUGAAUUACAUCGCAACACCUUUAUUUUUCACUUUAAUGAGCACGCAAUUCCGGGCGAGAGUAAAAAGUCUUGUUUACAAUAUAAGAUGA